UUUUGUUUUACAAUUCAGCGUUCUAAAGAAACGUCUUCACAGAUUAAGGCUUUCAGUGUGAAGAAGGUCCGGUCCGGCCCCAAAUGUCACUUUUGACGGGACAAGUUCUCCGCGACCAGCUGAGCGUCAUCAUGGCGAGGCUGAGCCAGGCGGCCAUGAUGGAGAUCUGCGAGCUGGUGGAGGGAGCCUUGGUCGGCCUGCGCACCGAGAACCAGCAGCUCAAGAGCAGGCUCGACCUUAUCGAAGCCGUCGUGGUUCGGGGCAGCUUCGGAGGGAAGGAGGCCGAGCAGUCGGAGCCCGACGGCGGCGGAGGAGAAGCCGGUGGAGGCGCUCAAAUAUCCGGCGAGGAGCUUCCUGACGUGGUACUGAUCAAAGAUGAAGACUCAGACAUUAUGAAAGUAGAGGACGUCACGCCGUCAUCCACCACCCGACCAAAGAAGAGACAUCGAGCGAGAGACAAGGACUCGGAGAGAAAGGUGUCCUCUGAUGAGGGUCAGGGUGGGGUCACUGUGUACUCGUUGAACACUCUGGGCUCCUCCUGCCAGCCUGCCGCGGGCGAGAUGUAUUCUUCGUUCGCCCCUCUGGAAGAAGGUGAGGUCCAACUCAUGGACCAGGACAAUCUGUCGUAUUUGUCCACUAACACCCUGAUGGACGGGCAGCCUUCCACAAACGCCAACGCGGCAUGGAGCGAGCCAGCGGCAAGUCACGUGACCUUUGCGCACUAUGACCACAAUGAAUCCAGCGACGCCUGCGGCCUCAAGAUGGUCAGCGUCUCGGGCGCGGCACCGCCCGACCGCAGCGACACAACGUUCGAGUACCAGGCGGGUGAUGUGUCCGACGCCUUUGGAGGCGGAAAAGGCCGUCGCUUCGUGUGCCACUUCUGCAACAAGACCUUUGCCACGUCUCAGAACCUGGACGUACAUAUGCGCAUCCACACGGGCGAGAGACCCUUCUCGUGUCAGCAGUGCGGAAAAAGGUUCACGCAGUCUGCGCACCUCAAGGCUCACCUCAACAUCCACUCGGGGGCACGACCCUUUGCCUGCACCAUGUGCUCGCGAACUUUCAGUGCCAACUACGCCCUCAAGAUGCACGUCAAGAAGUGUCACGUCAAUGGCUGACGCCCUGUUAUUAGGACGUGAUUAUUUAUUAUUGCUACAAACAGUGGUCGUCUCAAUCACUGACAUUUUUAGCAUGCAUUUACACUUCCGCACACCUAUACAUACACUAUAUUGCCAAAUGUAUUUGGCCACCUGCCUUGACUCACAAGUGCCACCCCAUUCCUAACCCAUAAGGUUCAAUAUGACGUCGGUCCACCUUUUGCAGCUAUUACAGCGUCAACUCCUCUGGGAAGGCUGUCCACAAGGUUGCGGAGUGUGUUUAUAGGAAUUUUCCACCAUCCUUCCAAAAGCGCAUUGGUGAGGUCACACACUGAUGUUGGUCGAGAAGGCCUGGCUCUCAGUCUCUGUUCUAAUUCAUCCCAAAGGUGUUCUAUCGGGUUCAGGUCAGGAUUCUGUGCAGGCCAGUCAAGUUCAUCCACACCAGACUCUGUCAUCCAUGUCUUUAUGGACCUUGCUUUGUGCACUGGUGCAGAGUCAUGUUGGAAGAGGAAGGGGCCCGCUCCAAACUGUUCCUACAAGGUUGGCACCAUGGAAUUGUCAAAUGUUUUGGUAUCCUGGAGAAUUUAAAGUUCCUUUCACUGGAACUAAGGGGCCAAGCCCAACUCCUGAAAAACAACCCCACCCCACACCAUAAUUCCUCCUCCACCUAAUUUCACACUCGGUACUUUGCAGUCCGAAAUGUACCGUUCUCCUGGCAACCUCCAAACCCAGGCUUGUCCAUCAGAUUGCCAAAUGGAAAAGCGUGAGUCAUCACUCCAGAGAAGGCGUCUCCACUGCUCUAGAGUCCAGUGCCGAUGUGUUUUACACCACUGCAUCCGACGCUUUGCAUUGGACUUGCUGAUGUAUGGCUUAGAUGCAGCUGCUCAGCCAUGGAAACCCAUUCCAUGAAGUUCUCUGCGUACUGUACGUGGGCUAAUUGGAAGGUCACAUGAAGUUUGGAGCUCUGUAGCAACUGACUGUGCAGAAAGUCUUUGCACUAUACACUUCAGCAUCCGCUGACCCCUCUCUGUCAGUUUACGUGGCCUACCACUUUGUGGCUGAGUUGCUGUUGUUCCCAAACUCUUCCAUUUUCUUAUCAUAAAGCCGACAGUUGACUUUGGAAUAUUUAGGAGCGAGGACAUUUCACGACUGGAUUUGUUGCACAGGUGGCAUCCUAUGACAGUUCCACGCUGGAAAUCACUGAGAGCGGCCCAUUCUUUCACAAAUGUUUGUAGAAACAGACUCCAUGCCUAAGUGCUUGAUUUUAUACACCUGUGGCUGGGCCAAGUGAUUAGGACACCUGAUUCUGAUCAUUUGGUUGGGUGGCCAAAUACUUUUGGCAAUAUAGUUUACCUUAUCUUAACAUUUACGUACGAUUUCUAUUCUUAAAUACAUACUAUCUUAACAUACAAUCACCGUAUUGCCUCACAUGAUUAUUUAUGGGUCUGGCAAAUCACAAAUUACAAGCUGUUUUCAAAUUGGUGUCAAUGAUUUUGCUCUAUUGUGGUGCAAAAACAGCAGCUAUUAAGUGGACAGAGUGAGAACACCACUGGUUGGAACCCACACCCCAGAAUAUGGAUAAUAUAUGUAAAAUGAUAUAUCAAAAUCAUGAUAUGUACAUGCGAUUAUGAAAAAUAUCUAUUUGGUCCUCACACUGUAUAAUUAUAUAUAUAUAAAUAUAUGUAUAUAUAUAUAUUUUUAACGCUGUAAUAAAUGUAAUGUGAAGUGUUUUAUUUCUUUUUUACAAACUAAAAACAGUUAUAAGAUAAAAGGCUUCCUUUCUAAAAAAAUAUUUUCAGCCAUGGUCAACUUGCACUUGCAUGCACAAAAAUACUACUAUGAAGAUUUCAUCCAUGUGACUUGUGAGCACCAGAAUAUCAAACCAAGAUAAACCAAAUGAAUAAAACAUCAAAGUGCUUCAGUGCCAUUAAAAUGUUUUGUCUUGAGGGGUCUCUUGACAAAAGACACAGAGUGGUAUGUGGGGGUUGUUGGUGGAGAUGGGAUUUAU